AAGCGACGCGACCCUUUCACGUGUCAGAGAGGCAGGCGUCGGUUCCCCCGUGUCUGGUCGUGGGUCAAACACUUACUUGGCGUUUGUAGCAGACUAAGGCUGUUUCGAGAUGGCAACGAAGAACGCUAAGGACCUGCUAUGGUUCGAUAAGUCAACCUAUGACGAUGCGGAGCGAAAGUAUUACGAGCGGCUUUCGCGAGGGGACGCAGCUCCAUCUGCCACGCCGGUGUCGUCAGUCGCCAGCGAGAUCGCAAAAGCAAGACAACAUAUCCAGCAGUCUCUGCAGGCGGGUGGCGCCGGACUUAGCGGUGAUGCCAUCGCCAAGGUGUCUGCCAUUGAACAGGAAAACAUCGCCCUCAGAAAUAUAUGCUCUGACAUGUCCGAAAUCAUCAAGAAGCUGGAGGCACGUCUGGCAGCCUUGGAGCUAAAGGUAACCGGGCCAGUAUCAGCUGCUCAGGCCAAGGCUGCCCCAGCGGCAGCCAGCAAUGGUGAUGAUGAUGACGAUGAUGUUGAUCUGUUUGGCAGUGAUGAUGAGGCAGAAUCUGCAGAGGCUCAGAGGGUGAAAGAGGAGAGAAUUGCUGCUUAUGCUGCCAAGAAAGCCAAGAAGCCAGCACUUAUUGCCAAGUCCUCUGUACUCCUUGAUGUUAAACCUUGGGAUGAUGAAACUGACAUGAAAGAAAUGGAGAAAGCUGUUCGCACGGUCCAAAUGGACGGCUUGGUCUGGGGUGCUGCCAAGCUUGUUCCAUUGGCAUUUGGGAUUAAGAAGCUUUCUAUCAUGUGCACUGUUGAAGAUGAUAAGGUGUCCAUUGAAGAACUGUCAGAGAAGAUUGAGGAGUUUGAGGACUUUGUCCAAAGUGUUGAUGUUGCGGCCUUCAACAAGAUUUGAUCGUCAGGAAAACAAUGGCACGCUGAUCUAAUGGUAAAAUCUAAUCAUUCUGGGGCAAUAUGGCCUGUUUCAAGUCUGUCAACAUAAAAAAGUUCAAAGUACUUUUGAUAAUUUUUGUGAAAAGUGUCAAGUGAAUACACCAUGACAAAGCAAAGCAUA